AUGCUCCAUGGCGAAUUCACCGCCAUCACCACCAUCGACAGGCUCUCUCCGGGCUUAGUCCCCAAGCCCCUAGGCUGGGGCAAGUUCCAGCAGCAACGUACUGAAACCCCCGAGACGUACUUCCUCCUCGAGGACUUCCUAACCCUUCACCCCGACCCGCCCAACCCAGCCAAGCUCUUCGGCUUCGCCGUGCCGACCUACGACGGCAAGGUCGCCCACACCACGGCCUGGGAGCCCAGCUGGAGCGCCUUCUUCACACGACUCCUCCGGCGCACCCUCGCAACCGACGAGGAAGCCAACGGCCCGUGGCCCGCCUUGCGCGCCGCCGCGGACCGGAUCCUCGCUGCCCUCGCGCCGCGGCUGCUCGAGCCGCUGGCGAUCAUCCCAUGCCUCAUCCACGGCGACCUCUGGGCCGGCAACACGGGUACCGACGCGGCGACCGGCGAUGUCGUCUUCUACGACGCCGCGUCGUACUACGCGCACAGCGAGAUGGAGCUCGGGAUGUGGCGGCGCGGGGCGCCCGCGUACCUGGGCCGGCGGUAUAUGCGGGAAUACCUGGACUUGGUUGGUCCUGCGGAGCCGAGGGACGAGUUUGAGGAUCGGAAUAGGCUUUAUUGUCUACAGUAUCUGCUGAGCUACUCUGUUGGGCAUCCCGGGCCGGUCGAGAGGCGGACUGCUCUUAAUGAUAUGUUGUUUCUUUGCGAGAAGUACGCCCCUUUUGGACACGCUCCCGAAAUAUGA